GACUUCUCUUUUCCGGUCAAAGGGGAAUUCAUGCACUUCACGAUUCAUUGGGGGGGGGGCAGUGCAGACUAAUUGCAGGAUUGUGAAGACAUCAAACUGUUCAAAGUACUGCGCCUGGAUGUCAGUGUUAUGCACAAAACUGGGUCAGCUUGUCAUGACUAAGCUGUAGCCGGGAACACACUCAAAGUGAAGUGAGUGAAUGCUUUUCUCAAGCCGUCCAUUUAUCAGGAAUUCCCAACAAAAUGUGAUUGCACCCAACAAACAUCCUGAAGGAAUGUUACUGAAUAUUUGAAAAGACCUCCAUUGUCGAGGCUAAGAUGUUGAAGACAGAGGCCUCGGCAGAGAGAAAUACCCUGAGGAGCGCUUCCCCACACCGGAAUGCCUACAGGGCGGAGUUCCAGGCUCUAAAGAAGGCUUUUGACCAACCGAGACAGGAUGGAGACCCCAAACUCAAGGACACGGAGGGGGUCAGGCAGCCUCGAGGGCGGCAAUACGGGGCCCAUGUCAGUCGCAUCAAGAACAUGUUCAUGCAGAUGGGGACUGAGAACGCUGGGUCCAACAGACAAUCGAGGGAUGAGACCUCCCCGCCGAAACUCAACAAGCCAACAAACUUCAUCAACAAGGUGGAUGGGUCAGUGGUCAAAUUCCAGCAUGGCACUGGAGAGCGGACUACCGGUGGCCAGCAUAACUCAAAGUUCUCAGAAACAAGGAAACUCUUUGAGCAGAGCUCCAGAGAUGCUUCACAGUCGCCCGUGUACUCUUACGGCCGGGACAAGAGGGGUUCUCACGAGCAUUUGGAUGACUGGCGGGGGGCGCGUUCUAACAGAGGCAGUACGGACUCUUUGGAUAGUCUUUGCUCCAGGACAGAGGCCUCAUCUCCCACUGUGAGUCAGCUCAGUGCUGUGUUCGAAAAUAUAGACCAACAGGGCUCCGGUGGUACUUUCCGAAGAGGCCAUGGAGGUGGAAGAGGACUGUACUCCCCAGAUGGCUUACAGAGACACGGGGAGGCCAGCGUGGACGACACCAGUGCGCGACAGUCUCCUUCACAUGGUUUUUACAGGACGCAAGUGGGUAGCAAGCACAAUCUGCCGGUUUCUUCGUCUUCAGAAGAUCUUCUCAGUCCUAGUCCUCUGUCGGAGGCCGUGGACCAGAUGAAAACUGAUGAGAAGAAGCCCCAGGAAACCUCCAAGGUGGUUUAUGGAUCCAGUGAACCCAAACCAAAAGAUGAGGUAAACUCAACCGAGGCCGUAGAUGGUUCUUCAGCUGCGGCUCAAGUCAAUGACGCUGCAGGAAAUUCACAUGAGUCUACAGCUACCAAGGUCCACGAGGACACAGACGGUCAUGUGAAAGAGGAGUCUAGCCGGAUUACCGAGGAUCAAAUUGAAGAACCCAAUGAGGAAUACUGUAGCAGUGAGAGAGUUAUUUUCAAUGCCGAUGGAGAUGCUUGCUACCAGGGCUGGGGGGAGAGCUGCACCGACCCAGAGGAUGACCUAUAUGGUGAUGAUCUUUCCUAUGACCCAGGAUCAGAGAUUACAGAGAUUCCUGGUCUUCCAGAGGAGGACAAGGAGGAAAUUCCACAAAAACGGAAAAUUCGAUUCAGCUCUGCUCCCAUAAAAGUGUUCAAAACCUACUCCAAUGAAGAUUAUGACAGGAGGAAUGAAGAGGUGGACCCGGUGGCAUCCUCGGCUGAGUAUGAGCUGGAGAAACGGGUGGAGAAGCUGGAACUUCUCCCUGUAGAACUAGAAAAAGAUGAGGACGGCCUGGGCAUCAGUAUUAUAGGAAUGGGGGUCGGCGCUGAUGCAGGCCUGGAGAAGCUUGGCAUCUUCGUCAAGACUGUCAUAGAGGGUGGAGCAGCAGAGAGAGAUGGAAGAAUUCAAGUGAAUGAUCAAAUCGUGGAGGUUGACGGCACCAGUCUGGUGGGAGUGACUCAGAGCUUCGCUGCUUCUGUCCUGAGAAACACACAGGGAGUGGUCAGGUUUGUGAUUGGCCGAGAGCGUCCGGGACAACAGAGCGAGGUGGCUCAACUCAUCAGCCAGACUCUGGAGCAGGAGAGACAUCAGAGAGAGAUGAUGGAGCAACAGUACGCCCAAUAUGAUGCUGAUGAUGACGAGACAGGAGAGUACGCCACGGAUGAGGAAGAGGAGGCAGGGCAGACGGGAACAGACCGAGAUGUGGCCAUUGAGGUUUUCGAUUUACCUGAAAACGAGGACAUCAUCUCGCCAUCAGAACUGGAUGCCACCAAACUUUAUCAGAAGUUUCGAGAGCUGCAGAUUAAACACACUGUCACUGAAGCUGAGAUCCAGAAACUCAAGAACAAGCUGGCCGCAGUGGAAAAAGAGAAGGCACGGUGGGAGAGAGAGAAAACGCAGCUGAAGCAAAGCAUCGAGGACAACAAGGAGAGGAUGCUAAAACUGGAGAGCUAUUGGAUUGAGGCUCAGACGCUGUGCCAUACGGUUAACGAGCAUCUGAAGGAGGCCCAAAGUCAGUAUCAGGCCCUGGAAAAGAAGUACAACAAGGCCAAGAAGCUCAUUAAGGACUUCCAGCAGAGAGAGAUGGAGUUUGCUCAGAAGGAGGAUGCAGAGAAGAAGAGACUGGAGGAGGCGGAAAAGGCUCAUUUGGCUGAAAUUCAGAGUCUUCAAGUUAGGAUUGCUACACUGGAGACAGAGCUGAUGCAGCUGAUGAAGCAAAAUGGCAUCCAGAUAAACAAUAACAACAACAGCGCUGAGAGCCGAGCCCAGCUGACUGAGAGACUGACGGCCUUACAGUGUCCAAGGAGAAGUGUUGCUGGAGGGGAACUGGGCGAGCUGACGGGAACCAGUGGAACUCACCCUGAGAGAAACGAGAGGGGCUCUGGGCUUCAGUCCUCCAGGGUGGCCGGUGCCACAGAGGCCAGGCUCAGGCACCCGCAGCCUCAGCAGGGACCUGAUAAUGAGGGCUCUUCAGCAAGUCGAGAUGAGAAAUCUGGCAAAAAACUACUAGACUUGGGAUCUUCUCCGAGGAAAAGUAAAGGAAAAGAGCAGGAUCCAAAAGGAUCUCCCAGUAAAAGCUCCACAGGGCCUUCAGCAGAGAACAGUCCUGAAAGAUGCAAGAGCAAGGGUCCUGGUGUCACUGAUGACCUCAGCCUCAGCAGCACCAGCUCCACAGAGAUCAGUGGCAUCCAGAUGUCCGGCCCAUCGCAGACACUAAUGCUCUCCUCAGAUGAGAGUGUGGAUAUGAUUGAAGAUGAGAUUCUAGACGACAGUCCUCCUCCGAAGCUGUUCCAGUGGCAGAACCGCAGUGUGACUGAAUGGACAUGUCAACAGGUGUCAUGCUGGCUCAUGGGUCUGAACCUGGAACAGUAUGUCUCUCUUUUUACUGCCAAGAAUGUGGAUGGAGAGCAGCUACUCAAGCUGGACAGCUCAGCACUCAAGGCUCUGGGUGUAGAGUCCUCUCAGGAUCGGGCUCUGAUAAAGAAAAAGCUGAAGGAUGUAAAAGUGUUGAUGGAAAAAGCUCAAAGGAACAGAGAGAAAAUUGAGAAACAGCGCAAGAAGGAACUGGAGCAGGUUCAGAAACAGGUCCAGAAAAACAGCAACUCCUCUGGACCAGGAGAGGGCGCUACUGAAUGACACUACUCACCUCACUACUGUCUCACCAUUAUAAGUACAAACCAGUUCAGCAUUUCACGGGACUGAAAGGUCAUUGAAAAAGGGGCUUACUGCUAUUGAGCUGCCAUUGGAUGAAUUGAAACCAAAAUUUCCAGAUAUGGAUUUUGUUAUUUUUACCGAACAAUAUUCAGGUUUUUUUUUUUUUUGCACGUUUUAGCAGAAUGAUCACUGCUUUUUUGGUUUCCUAUGUUUUAUGUCUGAUUAAUAUCUAUUUAUUUGCAUAUGGAGAAUAUGUAUAUAUAGAACCAGAGCAUAUCAAGCUCAUAACUCAUCCAUGACAGUAAAAAACUCUGCAUUACAAGCACCUUUAGACGUUGAGACAAUGUACAUAUGCAGAAAGCAUAUAUAUGAAUAUGUCUAACGUGCCAUUUUCUAUCAAAAGAAGGAUAGUUUGUUAAGUGAACGCGGAAAGUUUUUAAUACGAUAGCUUUGACAAAGCACAGGUCAUAGUGAUGGACAGUGUUGCUGUCGAGUGUCUCUUCACCUCAAAGAGUUUGAGUGCUGCUCACAAGAACUACUACAGUCUGAUUCACUGGCAAACACAAACCUUAUUGUGAGAAGAAAGCCAUUCCAAGUAAUGAGAUAUCAUGGACCCUCUUUGUGGAUAUUUCACUGUAUACUUUGAACCUCCUGUUUGGAUCUCCUUCAUCGACCUGCCACUAUUCAAGACGAAUACAGCUGAAGUGUAUGCUCUUCUCCAAGCUUGAAUCCUCCUAAUGAUCUUUGGGGGAAAAUGGUGGCAGUAGGAUACUAAAUGAUUUCAGAAGUCCGUCAUUUUAAACUGUUCUCCAGAGAUGCGAGACUUGUACUCUAAAAGAAAAAAAGCAAGAAAAAAGACUGCUGCUUCUAUUUCACAUCUACCUGCUUCUAGCCCUCUCCAUCGCCCUGAGCUAGAUUCUCAGUUAGACCCAAGUGCUGCCUUUUGAAGUGCUGUUUAAAUUUUGAUUUGAUUUUAUGGUUUGUGGUUACAGUCUGGAACACACCGGUUGUGUGAAUGCACCUCUGUUUUACCGGCAUCCAAAUGUUGUAGAGCAGAUGACAAAUGUGCACUUAAAACGGACCUAUCUAUGUACAGUACACUACCAUUCAAAAGUGUGGGGUCAGUAGGAUUUCUGAAAGAAAUUCAUGCUUUUA